CGGACUUCAUAGUCUGCGUGUUGGCAAUAUCUAAUCGGAGUCUUGAAAGAGAAAUUUUGUUUUGAGAAAAUAAAAUUCUUAAAAUGAGUACAUUAAAUAGACCUAAAUCUCCGCAUUCCAGUAGUACUAUAAAAUCUGGUGAAAAGGAGGAAAGUUUCUGGGAUAAAUUUAGUACCUUGGGAAGAAAAAAAGGAACUAAAGAAGUACAAAAAGUUCAAGAGGAAGGCAAACAUGCUAUUGAUUCUCCAGGAUCCCCAAGUCAAAUUGAUAUUCCCCCAGAGGAUUAUGCUCUUCGGGACCAUGAACAACGUACUGUUAUUGAUCCCCAGUCAAUGAGUGAUCCCGAAGUAAUUAAACUGCAGAGAAUUCUUAUUGAUUGGAUAAACGAUGAAUUGGCUGAACAACGUAUUAUUGUGCAACGCAUUGAUGAGGAUAUGUAUGAUGGGCAGGUCUUGCACAAGCUCUGGGAGAAAUUGACUGGCAAAAAACUGGAUGUUCUUGAAGUAACACAAUCCGAGGAAGGUCAACGUCAAAAAUUGAAUAUUGUUUUAAAUGCUGUAAAUCAUACACUUGGUUUUCAUCAAAAGAUUCCCAAAUGGUCUGUGGAGAGCGUUCAUACCAAAAAUAUUGUCGCUAUACUACACUUGUUGGUUGCAUUGGUCCGACAUUUCAGAGCCCCUGUUCGUCUACCAGAAAAUGUAUUUGUAAAAGUUAUAAUUGCACAAAAGAAUGGAGUACUUUUAAAUGCUCAAAAAUUCCAAGAGCAAAUAACCUCUGAGUAUGAUGAUGUCGGUAUGCGCUGCGAAAAGGACGCGUUCGACACAUUAUUCGAUUGCGCUCCCGACAAAUUGGCCGUUGUUAAAAAAUCUCUUAUUACUUUUGUUAAUAAGCAUUUGUCCAAGCUGAAUUUUGAGAUAAACGAUUUGAAUAGCGAUUUCAAAGAUGGUGUUUAUCUGUGUCUAUUAAUGGGAUUGCUUGGCGGUUUCUUUGUCCCUCUACACGAAUUCCAUUUGACACCGCAAGAUACAGAACAAAUGGUUGCCAAUGUAGGAUUUUCUUUUGAUCUUAUGCAAGAUGCUGGUUUGCCGAAACCAAAAGCUCGCCCCGAAGAUAUUGUGAACAUGGAUCUAAAAUCGACCUUGCGUGUUUUAUACAGUUUAUUUACCACUUUCAGAAAUUAUGCAUAAUAAUGCAUAUUUAUUUAUUUUACAAUAUAAUGUCAAGUUCUAUGUGCCUUAAAAAAGCUAUGUGUGUAGAAAAUUAACCACGAUUUUAUUUAUUAACCAAUAACUAUUUUUCAAUGUUUUGUAACUACUAAUUUUUUAAUAAAACUUUAUGUAACAAA